GCACAGCACAGGGCACAAGCAACAAACCAAGCAAACACAGAAACAAGAACACAACACACAACAACACACUUCACAUUCAAAAAAGCAAGGUCGCAGAACAUCCCGAGAGCAAAAUACAAAUGGACGAGGUGGAGCUCGGACCGCCGCACCCGGCCUUGUCGCUCGCCUUACACAGCAGAGCGUCCGCGUCGGCCGCGGGCAACCUGGAGGCACUGACGCGGGGGUCCAACAUGGCCAACCUGCCACUCGUGCACAGCCCAUCGUCAGCCUCGCCUGGUGCUGGUGCGGGUGCUGGUGCUGGCCCUGCAGGCGUGAUGGGCUUUGGCGGAGGCGGUCGACCGGGGAUGCUGGGAGCGGCAGCAAGUUCAACCGCCGGCUUAUUACAGUACGCAGUCCCCCAGCCACCGGCAUUCGGCGCCUACCCGUUCCCCACAGGCCCUGUCGUCGGCAUGUCCAACGUCGCAGCGCAGUACCACGCAGCGGCGCAGGUCGCAGCAGCAGCACAGGCAGCGGCAGCGGCAGCAGCAGCCAUGCAGCCGCUUUCAUCCGCAUUCGUCCACCACCCUUACGCGGCCUUCCCCCCACCAGCGGCCAUGCAGCAGCAGGACGCCGCGGCCCAGCAGUUUUAUCAGCAGCAGCAGCAGCAGCAGCAACAGCAACAGCAGCGUGGGCCUACAGCAGCAGCAGCAGCAGCAGCAGCCGCGACGGCAGCACCAACGACAGCACCAACCAUGAACAAUGGCGGCUCGGCGCGGAUUGGCAAAGCGUGUGUUCCAUGCAACCGCGCCAAGUCGUCCUGCGAGACUGCGCGGCCAUGCACGCGAUGCAUCCGCCUCAAGCGUGAGGACCAGUGCAUCGACGUCGAGCACAAGCCACGCGGGCGCAAAGUGGGCGGCGGUAAUCACAAGGACCAGAAUCACCACCAGAACGCAGCAGCAGCAGCCAGUCAGGCGCACCAGGCCUACCACCAUCCGCAUCACCCGCAUCAGCAUCAGCAUCAGCAUCAUAGUCAUCAUGGACACGACGACCUGGGCACGGCCGUUGGGCUGUAUAACCCGGCGACCAUGGAGCCAGUCUACCACGAUCCAGCGUCACAAGCUCAGGCGUCGGAGGGACAGCUCGCAAUGAUGGCGGCCGCUGCUGCUGCAAUGCACAGCGCCGACGUUGCCUCCGCAUCGACGGCGGCGGCGGCGAAUCUCAUGAUGAAGCACAAUAAUGCCGGGAGCAGCGGCUCAGACGGCGAAAUCGCGUCGCUCGCCGGCUCAGUCGUGCCAAUCAUGGGAGCCGCCAAUGCGCGAGCUGGUAAACGCGCGUCCACCUCCGCGAGCAGAGGAACGUUAUCCUCGUCAUCGUCGUCAACAAAUGUUGGAACGGCGGCUGCAGGAAUUAGUGCCGCCGUCGCCAUGAGCUUCCAAGUGAUGAACGGGCGGGCUUCCUUCCAAGACGGUUCUGCUGCUGCUGGUGGUGGCGGUGGUGGUGGUGGUGGUGGUGGAGCGGACUCUACCGGAUCCGCUGCUUCCAACUCGGAUUCAGACGAAAUGGCGGCGAUGGACGUGUCGCACAACAAUCAUCACUCUGGUCAAGACACAACGGGCAAAAUGUCCUUGCUCGAACCAAGUCCCUUCCCGCUAUCCAGCCUGGCAUCGCCUUCCUUUAACGCAUUCUCACCUUCCAUGCUUGCCACGCCUGGCCCAGCAACGCCCGGCAAUGCCACUCUCCAGCACGCGUCGCAUUCGCACGCAUCCAUGGUGGACACAAUCAAACUCGAUCCCGCUCGCACCACCGCCCCUGCAGCCACGUCGUCUUCGCGCCCUGCCGUUGUUGUUCCACCCAACAAGCGCGAGCUCAUGUCCAUCGACACGCUCCUCGCCAGCGUCACCACAUCGACCUUCUCGCCGCAGACUGUCCCACCGACACAGCUGGUUACAUCGCCCAACAACCCCGUGCCAAUCUCGCCGCGCCUGUUGCAACAUCGCAUUCCAUCGCCACCGCCAUCAGCGACGUCAACGGCGGCGUCACACCACUCGGCCGACUCGCCACACUCCCAGAGCCACCGAAACUCCCUCGCUGAGACAUCGCCAGCAGUUCCAUUGCCAAUAAUUCGAGACUCCCCCAUGCAUUCGGCCAGUACGACCGCGCACGACAUGGACACCUCGACAGGCGCUACCCGCUCGUCCGCAGCCGCCAUCCCCAGCAACAACGUCAAUAUCAACAAGCGCUCUCCUGCCAGCUCGACGCAAGGGCUUUCGCCGCCGCGUCCUGACGAUCCGGGUGCCAGCACCACUGUCGCCAUGGACACAUCUGGCAGCAGCGGUAGAGCUGAGGGGGUGGACACCACGCCGGCGAAUGAGUCGGACGCUUCGACAGCCGCUGCCGGCGGGGAAACGCCUCUGUCAACCCUCACAUCAACGGACCUUGCCAACUUUGGGCGUCGGGCUUUGCCGCUUGUUGUCAACGGUGAUGCGGCCGUCCCUCUCACGCCAUCUGCUGCGGCGGCAUCCGUGCUCGGAGCUGUCAAUGCAGCACACAAUGGCACGGCGCGGGUCACCUCGGCUUCCCUCGCCGCUCUGAACAGCAAGGCACCCGAGUUUGUAACCCCGCUCAACGUGCUACAGCACGUAGCUUUGCCAGACUCUCACACCUCAAGACCAUCGCAACUUCAACUUGCCCUUGCUUCGACGCAAGAAACGACAGCCAUGCAGACGCAUCGCUUCAUGCCGCCACCCGAAACAACAGACAUUGUAGAACUGGACACCAACGGACGGACCACCACCAUUGCAACCAUGUUGACGAGCGCGCCAGCAGCGUCACUUGGCUCUCUCACAUGCGCAAUGUUCUGCUCUGGUACUCCGAUGGACAUCCUCUUCCUUGCAAUUCUCAUCGACUUGAUUGCCAACCGGCUCGUCAAAAUGUCGUCCAAUGCGCUGGCACAGGCGUCGCAUCGCACGCAAAUUUUGAAUCAAAUGCGGUUCCCGGUCUCGCUCAUGUUCUUGGUGAUGCCAAAGGAUUACGCAAAUUGCUUGCUCGAGAGCUUGUUGGGCGCCAUCGGCAAGUCCAUCACCCCGUUUGAAUUGGUAUGGACGCUGCAAAGCCCGCUCGAACGCAGCAUUGCGGACGACUGGCCAGUUGCCGCCAUCAAGAUCGAGUUUCAACCCGUCACCGAUGCCCAAGGUGUUGUGAUUGAGUUGCGCGCGUCCGUCUACGUCAACCAAGAGAUGGAGCGACUGUUCGGCUACACUCGUCAGGAGGUGCUUCAGAUGUGUGUCAACAACGAAGAUUUCAUUUGCCGCAUCAUCCAUCGCGGCUCGUGGCACACUUCUCUGGCCAGCUCCAUUGACGGCUGGUUUGGCAUCAAGUCCGAGUUCCGACAUGUCGUCAUGUGCAACACCAAGUGGAACUCCACCUUGCGAUGCAUCGAGGCCGCGCGGUACAAGCACUCUGCCGAGGGCAUCAUUGAAGCUGUUACGCACACGUACACCCCACUGCCCGAACUGCGGCCUCCUGCCACCCCUUCCGCAAGCAGUGGUCUAGGAACGACGCCGGCGGCCUCAGCCGCUGCUGGCUCCGAGCCACCGGCUUCGUCUCAAGCGUCUGCGUAGAUGACACUCGUGUUGGGAGUUGUGGGGCAAAAGGUCUUUUGUUUUUCCGUUUCCUGUACUGUAGCAUACUUUUUGUUUUUAUGUGUGACUCGUCCUGAUUUGAUCGCUCCGACUUUGUGAUACUUCGUCCUUUUGUUUUUUCUGUUGUUUGUUGCGUUCGUUUUUUUCGUGUAAACUGGAUUUCUUUCCAAAGCCGC